AUGGGCAAGGACAGGUCGGGCCUCGGUGGGGGCGGGGCGAGAUGUGGAGGCGGGACUUCUGGAGGACGGGGCAGCACCUCAGUAAAUUCUGGCAAAAUAGCUGUGAAUGGCGUUCACCUACAUUACCAGAGAACUGGAGAGGGCGAACACCCAGUCCUGCUGCUUCCCGGGAUGCUGGGAAGUGGAGAGACAGAUUUUGUACCCCAACUUAAGAGCCUAAGCAAGAAGCUCUUCACAGUGGUUGCCUGGGAUCCUCGAGGAUAUGGGCAUUCCAGGCCCCCAGACCGAGAUUUCCCGCUGGACUUCUUUGAAAGAGAUGCAAAAGAUGCAGUGGAUUUGAUGAAGGCGCUGAACUUUAAGAAGGUCUCCCUGCUGGGGUGGAGUGACGGUGGCAUAACCGCUCUCAUCGCUGCUGCCAAAUACCCAUCCUACAUCAGCAAGAUGGUGAUUUGGGGGGCAAAUGCCUACGUCACUGAUGAGGAUGAAAGGAUCUAUCAGGGAAUCCGGGAUGUUUCUAAAUGGAGCGAGAAGGCAAGGAAGCCUCUAGAAGCCCUGUAUGGGUAUGACUACUUUGCCAAGACCUGUGAAAAGUGGGUUGAUGGCAUACAGCAGUUUAAGCAUCUUCCAGAUGGUAACAUCUGUCGGCACCUGCUGCCCCAGGUUCAGUGUCCCACGCUGAUUGUGCACGGGGAGAAGGACCCUCUGGUCCCUCGUUUCCAUGCUGACUUCAUACACAAGCACGUGAAAGGGUCACGGUUGCAUCUGAUGCCAGAAGGCAAACACAACCUGCAUUUACGUUUUGCAAAUGAGUUCAACAAACUAGCAGAAGACUUCCUGCGCUGAAAGUGGCCCUGGGAAUUUGUCUUGGUGCAUUCUAAAGUGGGGCUUCACCACAUUGCUGCUGGUUACUGCAGCCUUUGAGCCGCCUUCCCUACAUCAUACCUGCACCCACUUGCAUUUCCAGGGUUCCUAAACCCUCCCUACUGUGUGACAUUAAUCAUGACAUAGUGAAGACAGCCUCUGACUUCUACGACUUACAAAGCUGGAUCUGAACUUUUAACGUUGAGUUUUCUAUCAUUGUCUAAAAAAAAUUCCCACCGUAAUGUCUUUGCAAAUAAAACUGAGGUGGCUCACAGGUAGUGUUCAUACUUGUGUUCUCAGGACAGCUUGAAUUUGUAGCAUACCCUUUAACUGGGAGGUGCAUCUCCACUUACCUUUUCAUUUGUAUUUAUCACACUGCUCAAAAGAAAAAUAGAAGUAGAAGGAAGUCCUUAUGUAAAGACUCAUUAGUUUCUGAACAACAGGAAAGAAGAGAAGGCAGUUUCCUUAAUCCCCAAACCACUUUACUCCUAUAUCACUUCAAAGAGACUGCUUUAGUGCUAUGGAUCAGUAAAGAAAAAAAAAAAACACUUUCAUCUGUCUUUAUUGAAUGAUCAGGAACGCUAUUAAAAUCACUAAAACAAAUCCUAUACUGUUAUUAAGGUUAAAGUCUGAAACCUUACACAUUUAAGAAUAAAAAUUUUUUAAAGGGAAAGGAAGAACCACAAGGUUUUAUACACAUGCUUUUAUAUGGUGAUCCACAUUAUUACAUCAACAGUGAGUUUCUGACAGAGGCAAAACUGAGCACCAUAGUAUACAAAUAGACCAUGCUGGAGGACAACAGGAGUUCACUAAGGAUGCACGAUUUAUUU